AUGUGGGUGGCUACAGUACCUCAGCAACCGGCCGGCCCGGUUCCGACGAUCUUUACCGCCCGCCCAAACCCGAAACUCGUGUGUCGGUAUCUUCCGAAACCGAAAUCGUUUCGUUUCGGAGCUUUCGGUAUCCGGCUCCGCCUUAACAAGUACAAAGUGUCGGCGGUGAAGAAGCAGCUCCCCGAGUUAGAGACUCAGAAACCAGAUAGUGAGAAAUUAAGGGUAGGACAAGAGAAAGGUGAAGGUUUUGAUUUGGGAUGGUUACCUGCUUUUCCUCACGUGUUUAUAGCUUCCAUGUCCAAUUUUCUCUUUGGUUAUCACAUUGGAUGGUCCUAUUGUUUUCAAUCGCCCGCGAACUGGGUUUUUGAAGGAAACUCGAUUCUUGAGGGACUUGUAGUGAGCAUAUUCAUUGUUGGUGCCUUCCUCGGAAGCAUAGGCUGCGGUUUUAUAGUUGAUAAACUUGGCUGUAGGAGGACCUUUCAAAUUGCUACAAUUCCUCUGAUUCUGGGUGCAUUGAUAAGUGCACAAGCUCAUUCCUUGGAUGAAGUAAUUUUGGGCAGAUUUCUUGUUGGCCUUGGCAUAGGUGUUGAUACUGUUCUUGUUCCAAUCUAUAUCUCAGAGAUUGCUCCAACAAAAUAUAGGGGUUCAUUGGGAGCCUUGUGUCAAAUUGGCACAUGCCUUGGGAUUAUUUCAUCACUGUUUCUUGGCAUUCCCUCUGAAAGUGAUCCACACUGGUGGAGGACGAUGCUUUAUAUUGCAAGUAUCCCUGGUUUUAUCCUCGCUCUUGGAAUGCAGUUUGCUGUAGAUAGCCCCCGUUGGCUAUGCAAGGUAGGGAGAUUGAACGAUGCUAAAGCAGUUAUAAAAAAUGUGUGGGGAGCAUCUGAGGUUGAAAAGGCAAUUGAAGAAUUUCAGUCAGUUAUCAAGAAUGAUGGUAGUGAUUUGGACAGCAGCUGGUUGGAACUUUUGCAGGAGCCAAACUCUAGAGUUGCAUUCAUUGGUGGUUCCCUUUUUGUACUUCAACAGUUUGCGGGUAUAAAUGGAGUUCUUUACUUUUCAUCAUUGACUUUUCAAGAUGUCGGAAUCACAAGUAGUGCUUUGGCAAGCUUGCUUAUUGGAGUUACCAACUUUGCAGGGGCACUUUGUGCUUUGUACUUGAUUGAUAAGCAAGGGAGGCAGAAGCUCUUGAUUGGAAGUUACUUGGGAAUGGCAGUUUCAAUGUUUCUUGUGGUAUGUGCUAUCAGUUUUCCAAUAGAUGAGCAACUAAGUGACAACUUGUCAAUACUGGGAACUGUCAUGUACAUAUUCACCUUUGCAAUAGGUGCUGGCCCAGUUACUGGUCUUAUCAUACCCGAACUUAGCAGCAACCGGUCACGUGGGAAGAUUAUGGGAUUCAGUUUUUCUGCUCAUUGGGUUUGCAACUUCUUAGUGGGUCUAUUUUUCCUCGACUUAGUGGAGAAAUUUGGAGUUGCUCCAGUUUAUGGUACCUUCGGUGCAGUCUCCUUGUUGACGGCAAUAUUUGCUACCUACUUCAUAGUUGAAACUAAAGGCCGCUCCCUUGAGGAAAUUGAAAUGUCACUAAGCUCUGAUUUCAUGUCUAGAGACAAGUGA